AUGGCGGCGCGGGGCCGGGCAGCGGUAGCCAAUAGGCGCGGCGGGCUGGCACGGGGGCGGGCGCGGGGCGGUGGGAGCGGCGGGGCCGCGGCGGGGUCGGUGACGGACCGGGAUGGGGACCGACACCGGUUCCGAGUCUGGGGCCGGGACUGGGACUGUGUCUGGGAUGGGGACCGUGACAGGUUCAGUGUCUGCGACCGAGUACGAGAUGGGGACCGGAACAGGGACCGAGAGCAGGACUGGGUCCCAGAUGGGGACCGGGACAGGGAGAAGGAUCAGAGAGGAUUCUCCUUGUCCCGCUACCGAUCUGGAACGGGCAUCCCGGUUCCGAGCCGGGACGGACUCCUCACUGUGCCUGGACUGGGAUUAGACCAGGAUGGGCUUUCCGGUAGCGAGACGGGACCGGUCCCCGCUGACGCCACACCGGGACGGAGCCCUCGCGACCCGUCUGUCCUAGUACUGAUGCAGGACGGGGCUCCCGCCGUCCCGAGAUCGGGACCACACCACAAUGGGGACCUGGCGGUCCGCCUAUCCCGUUUAAGAGUAUCUGACAGUAACGAGCAGGAGAGCCGUGCAGCGGGCUCCGUCCCGGGGGGUGUCGCAGUCCCCGUCAGCGUUGCUCUGGAGACAUUUGCAUCUGCCGGGGGCCGGGAAAGCCCCUCGGGGACGUUGAGCCCAACCUCAUUGCGAAGGCACUGGGCGCAAGAACGAGAAAUUUUUCAGUUGAAGAAAACGUUUGAAGGGGUUGAAGGUGCCUUAGGAGUGUCUCCUGGGGCUGUGUCAAGUGAGGAAUCUGAAGCAGGGAGCAGCCUGGCUCAUGUCCCCCCGCUCCCCGGUCUCUCCGCAGGGGAUGGCUGUGGCCACACGCUGCUGACACCCCACAGUGGCACCCUCAGCUCCAAGAACUACCCGGGCACGUAUCCCAACAACACCGCCUGCCGCUGGCGGCUGCGGGCCCCCCCGGGCACCUCCCUGCUCCUGGCCUUCGGGGACGUGGAUCUGGAGCCUUCGGAGCGCUGCGCCCGCAGCUCCCUUCUGCUUGCUGACCCCCAGGCUGGCACUGCCUAUGGGCCCUACUGCAAGAACGCUGUCCCUGCCACCCCACUCCUGGUGACAAACUCCAGCUCCGUCACGGUCCUGUUCAACAGCAGCAGCCACCGCUCGGGACGAGGCCUCCUCCUGUCCUACGCCACCUCGCAGCACCCAGACCUGGUCUCCUGCCUGGUUCGAGGCACCCACUACACCCAGGAGCACAUCAGUGUGUACUGCCCCGCGGGCUGCAAGGACAUCGAGGGGGACAUCUGGGGCAACCCAAGCCAGGGCUACCGCGACACCUCAGUGCUGUGCAAGGCGGCCGUGCACGCCGGGGUGCUCGCAGACGAGCUGGGGGGGCAGGUCAGCCUGUCCCGGGAGAAGGGAAUCACACUCUACGAGUCGGCCUUUGCCAACGGGCUGCACUCCAAAAGGGGAUCCCUCUCUGAGAAGCGGCUCUUAUUCCACAGAGCCUGUGGCAACACACUGGAGGUGGCUGCCUUCAAUGCCUCAUCGUGGUGGCAUGAGGUGGAUGCGCUGGGCCAAGACCGAGCCUGGGUGGCUGAGCGGGCAGCGCUGGGCACUGCUGGCCACUCCUGGGCAGCUGACCCUAGCUCUGAGGCCACCUGGCUGGAGCUGGACCUGGGCACCCGCAGGAACAUCACAGGCAUCAUCACCAAGGGCUCCUCCGAGCACCACAACUACUACGUGAGGUCCUACCGGGUGUCCUCCAGCCGCGACGGGAAGAACUGGAAACCCUACAGAGGCAGCAGUGGCCAGGAGGACAAGGUCUUUGAAGGAAACUCUGACAGCCACGGGGAGGUCUUCAAUGCCUUCAUCCCCUCCAUGGCCGCCCGCUACGUCCGUGUCACGCCCCAGAGCUGGCACCAGCGUGUGGCCUUGAAGCUGGCCCUGGUGGGCUGCCAGCUGGCACGGGUCCGUGCACCCCGACCCUACGUGCCCAGCAUCCCCGAGGAGGUCCCUGUCCCCACCAGCCACCCAGCCAGCCAUACACCCAUCCCUGGCGUUGCCCUGGACCCACAGAAGGCUGGCUCCAUGCUGCUGGUGAUGCUGCUCAUUGGUGGCUUUGUCCUCCUCUGCUCCAGCCUCCUGCUGCUGGCUUUCCUCUGCCACAGGAAGAGGAAGCUGGCAGCAGAGCUGAACUGUGGGGUCAUGAAAGGGUACCCCAAAGUGGAGUCGAGCCAGGUGUGCUCCCUGCAGAGCCUGCAGCCCCCUGGCUCCAUGCUCACCUCCUUCCCCACCCCACCCAUGCUGGGGGACCUUGGCCAGACCCAUUCACCAGAGUAUGCCGAGCCAGACCUGCUGCAGGUGAGCCCCAGCAGCCAGCCAGGGCCGUCCACCUUCAAGCCCUUCCCAGACGAGGGCUACACGCUGCCGCUGGUCGUGAGCCAUUACGAUGUACCGGGGAAACACCACGAGUACGCCGAGCCGCUGCCGCCGGAGCCCGAGUACGCCACGCCGUUCUGCGAGCCCGAGGCCGCCGGUACCCACCGCAGCCCCUGCCCGGCCGGGCUGCCCGGCUGCCCCCCGCUGCGCUACGAUGCGCCCACCCUGCGGCCUGCCGAGCUGGCCGGUGGCGGCCGGACUGCCAGUCCCGGCGGCGUCGAUACUCCCUCAGCGGAAGGCUCGCCGGGGCACUGUCCCCUCUCACACGUUUACCACGAAGCCUUGUGAGGGCUGGAGGAACUGAGCGGCGCGGGGGAGCCCGGCGACGGUGGCCCGGGAGGUGCCGCGCUCAGGGUGCAGGGCCCUGGGGAGGUUUUUUAAGAGCAGUUCUAUUUAAAUACAGAUC